UAUGUCAACUAAUUAAGAAUCAAUUGCUUCAUUUUAUUCACCCAAAUUUGAAUAAUAAUGUUAUCUUUGUUAACAUGGUUUACAUGGUGUAGAAAAGUAGGAUCAUUCAACAGGAAUCAUAGUAGGCGAACCUGUCGGUACUUAUAUCAUAAUUUAUUAAUAUAUAUAGUUGUUUAUUCAACACCUGAAGUAAUAGUUUAAUAAACUGUUGGAUAACCUAUACCAGUAAAAAGAGGAAUUUCUCAAUCCAAUCAAAGGAAUAUUUAAAGCACAACUCCACAGAGAGACAUUUAACAAACAAAUUAAAUUCAAACAAGUCCAACACUGAUUUAAACUUAACCACUUUAAUAUAAUUAACUUAAGCCAUUUGAAUAUGAGAAAAAACAAACUUAUUAAAUGCCUAUUGAGUAAUAGGUUAAAAAAUAAGCAGAACUCAAAAACUCCUAAUAAAUUUCAACCUUUUAUUCUGGAAGAUAUGAAGAAUAGUGUUACUUAUGCCAACAUGGUUUACAUGGUAAAGAAGUUGCCAGUACAUAAAAUAAUGGUAUCUUAUGCUUUUAUUUGAUUAGUUGUUUACUAAACACCAGAAGUUAUAGUAUCUUAAAAUAUUGGUUAACCCUUAACUACAAGAAACACUACAAACGUUUAAAAUUUUUCACAAAUCAUUAAUACUCCUCCAAGAAAUGAUUUAGUUUAUUCCCAAUAGCUUUAACAAUCUCCAGUUUAGAAUAUUUAAUCAAAUGUACUAAAGAAUUAAUAACUAACUAAUCCAACACUGAUUUAAACUUAACCACUUUAAUAUAAUUAACUUAAGCCAUUUGAAUAUGAGAAAAAACAAACUUAUUAAAUGCCUAUUGAGUUAUAGGUUAAAAAAUAAGCAGAACUCAAAAACUCCUAAUAAAUUUCAACCUUUUAUUCUGGAAGAUAUGAAGAAUAGUGUUACUUAUGCCAACAUGGUUUACAUGGUAAAGAAGUUGCCAGUACAUAAAAUAAUGGUAUCUUAUGCUUUUAUUUGAUUAGUUGUUUACUAAACACCAGAAGUUAUAGUAUCUUAAACUAUUGGUUAACCCUUAACUACAAAAAAAACUACAAGAAACGCUACAACAGAUUAAAAUUUUUCACAAAUCAUUAAUACUCCUCCAAGAAAUGAUUCAGUUUAUUCUCAAUAGCUUUAACAAUCUCCAGUUUAGAAUAUUUAAUCAAAUUUACCAUAAAAUCAUUAAAUAAUUUCUACAACCCAAUAACAAUUAUAAUAAUCAUAACUUUAGAAUUUUUAAUUAAAUGUACCAUAAAAUCAAUAACUAAUUUCUACAAACCAAUAACAAUUAUAAUAGUCAUAAUUUUAGAACUUUUAAUUAAAUGUUCCAUAAAAUUAAUAACUAAUUUCUACAACCCAAUAACAAUUAUAAUAAUCCCCAGUUUAGAAUUUUUAAUUAAAUGUACCAUAAAAUCAAUAACUAAUUUCUACAAACCAAUAACCAUUAUAAUAGUCAUAAUUUUAGAACUUUUAAUUAAAUGUACCAUAAAAUUAAUAACUAAUUUCUACAAACCAAUAACAAUUAUAAUAGUCAUAAUUUUAGAACUUUUAAUUAAAUGUUCCAUAAAAUUAAUAACUAAUUUCUACAACCCAAUAACAAUUAUAAUAAUCCCCAGUUUAGAAUUUUUAAUUAAAUGUACCAUAAAAUCAAUAACUAAUUUCUACAAACCAAUAACCAUUAUAAUAGUCAUAAUUUUAGAACUUUUAAUUAAAUGUUCCAUAAAAUUAAUAACUAAUUUCUACAACCCAAUAACAAUUAUAAUAAUCCCCAGUUUAGAAUUUUUAAUUAAAUGUACCAUAAAAUCAAUAACUAAUUUCUACAAACCAAUAACAAUUAUAAUAGUCAUAAUUUUAGAACUUUUAAUUAAAUGUUCCAUAAAAUUAAUAACUAAUUUCUACAACCCAAUAACAAUUAUAAUAAUCCCCAGUUUAGAAUUUUUAAUUAAAUGUACCAUAAAAUCAAUAACUAAUUUCUACAAACCAAUAACAAUUAUAAUAGUCAUAAUUUUAGAACUUUUAAUUAAAUGUUCCAUAAAAUUAAUAACUAAUUUCUACAACCCAAUAACAAUUAUAAUAAUCCCCAGUUUAGAAUUUUUAAUUAAAUGUACCAUAAAAUCAAUAACUAAUUUCUACAAACCAAUAACAAUUAUAAUAGUCAUAAUUUUAGAACUUUUAAUUAAAUGUUCCAUAAAAUUAAUAACUAAUUUCUACAACCCAAUAACAAUUAUAAUAAUCCCCAGUUUAGAAUUUUUAAUUAAAUGUACCAUAAAAUCAAUAACUAAUUUCUACAAACCAAUAACCAUUAUAAUAGUCAUAAUUUUAGAACUUUUAAUUAAAUGUUCCAUAAAAUUAAUAAAUAAUUUCUACAACCCAAUAACAAUUAUAAUAGUCCCCAGUUUAGAAUUUUUAAUUAAAUGUACCAUAAAAUUAAUAAAUAAUUUCUUCAAACCAAUAACAAUUAUAAUAGUCUCCUGUCCAAAAUUUAUAACUUAAAGUAUAAUAAUCUUAAAUCAUUCCUUAAAUUAUAUAAUAAAAUUAAGUUGUCUAAUAGAUACCUCAAGUGGAAGAUUUUUAGGUGACUACUGUGCCAUAAAAAGUUAUUCAAGAGACUCUGACAACUGUCCAAGAAUAAUAAAUCACUCCUUAAGAGCAAGUUGAAAUGUAUUGGAGAUAUAAAGUUUAUGAACUUUAAGAAAGAGUUUAUGAAUUAAUGAAUUAAAUUAGUCUUUAAAAAUAAGGAAAUCUAUAACACUAACGAACUGGGUCUUAAAUAAAGAAAAGCACUGAAGAUUCAUUCAAAGUAAACUUCAUUAAAAUUACAAUAGGUUGAGUAAGCUAAAUAAGAAAUUUUGUAAUUAGAAAGUUAACUUAAGCUAAAAUAAAAAACAAGUAUAGAUUUAAGAAAUAAACUCAAUCUUAUGAUCUAUAGAUAAGAUCCUACCGAUGAAGCCACUAAAUAUAAGGAAUAAGAAUUAUAGCAGUUAAGACAAAAAUAUAACACUUUAAAUUUUAAACAUCAAAGUAAUGUAGAAGAUAUUGCAAUGACUCAAGCCAUUUUAGAGGCUAUAAAAAGUGGAAAGGGAUAUAAAUUAGUGUCUGUACGAGAACAAUAAUAAACAUCAUCUUAUAAUAGAUCAAGCCAAGGAUAACAACAUUAUAAUUGA